AUGCAUGAUCAACUCAGAGAUUUGGGAAGGGAAAUUGUUCGUCAAGAAAAUGCAAAGGAGCCUUGGAAGCGGAGUAGAUUAUGGAAUCAUAAGGACGCCGAAGAUGUGGUUGACAACAGCAAGGGCACUAGAAAGAUUGAGGCCCUUUGUCUUGGCAAUUAUGGUGAGGGAGGAAGAAGUUAUACGGCUGAACAAUUUAAAGAGCUGGCCAACUUGAGGUUCUUUCAAAUGAAUGGUGGGAAUUUCACUGGAGAUUUCCAGAACUUGUUUCCUCAAUUAAGAUGGCUCCAAUGGCGGUAUUGUCCGUCAGAUUUCGCAGCGGCCAACUUUCAUCCGAAGAAAUUAGUCGUGCUCGAUCUAUCGUAUAGCGAGAUUUCGGAGGAUUGGGGAGGAUGGGGUCCACUAAAGGUGGCAACCGAACUCAAAGUUCUCAAUCUCACGAGCUGUCACUCUUUGAAAGGAACUCCUGAUUUGUCCGCUUUCAAAAGCUUGGAGAUUUUGAUUCUUGAAUAUUGUGGGUAUCUGGAAGAGAUUCAUCCUUCUAUCGGAGACCUCAAGACCCUCGUCUCCUUGAAUGUCAGGGGUUGUUGUAGAUUGAAGGAGCUACCGGCUGGAGUAGGCAAAAUGGAAAAUUUGAGGGAGCUUAUCUUAGAUGAAACCGCCAUACGAGAGAUUCCUAUUUCGAGAGCCCGCAUACCUAGCUCCAUAGGACAUCUAGCAUCUCUUUCUGUCCUUGACCUAAGAGAAUGCAGUAAACUUGCUCAACUUCCGGUCUCCAUAUGCUCCCUCACGUCUUUGACUGAAUUGAAUUUAGAAAGGACAGCAAUUGCGGAAUUGCCCGAAAGCAUUGUGAAUCUGCAGAAUUUGAGGAUUUUGGACAUUAGUUGGACCCACAUAACAGAAUUGCCUCGUGACAUUGGAAUGUUGGCGAAACUCCAAGUGUUGAGAGCCUCGGGAUGCAAAAAUCUGGAAGGACUACCCAGUAAUAUAGCCCAACCGACUUCGCUAAAGGAGCUUUACUUAGACAAGUCGGGCAUCUCGGGCUUGCCAGAAAGCAUUUCUAAGCUCUCUUCUCUCCAACUCCUCGGCUUUGAAUACUGCGAGAAGCUUCAAGAAAUACCGGAAGCGCCCUCCGGCUUGAGAGAUCUACGGAUAACCUGCCGUAGUCGGCUUUGCGGAAAAUUGAAGGCGUUGCCCAAUUUGUCAAGCUUGAAGCGCUUAUCUCAAUUGAUUGUCGAGGAGUGCUUUGAGCUAACAGAAGUCACCGGCUUGGAAGGUUUACGGUCCCUAUCCCACUUAGAAGUACGGGGUUGCCCUAAGAUAUGUAGGCUUGGGGCGGUCGAAUCCUUGGAGUCAUCGAGAGGCUUACACAUUGAUGAGGCGUUCCCGGAUUCUUCCAAGUUAACGAGCGCAAAGGUAUCUCGGCCUGAAGGAUCGCUACAUCUUUCAAAUUCAAAGAUUCUGCAGGAAACAAUCGCUGGAAGUUGCGAAAAUUUAGCAGAAAUUGAAGGCCUUGGUGGAUCAAAAUCCUCACUGACGUCGGAUAUCUCUGAGUCCACUUCCGCUGGACAAUCUCAAGACCUUUUAGGUUUGGAAUGUGUGAGGGAAUCGCAUUUUACAAAUUGCCUGGAUGGAUUAAUAUCCUUGAAAACUUUGUCUGUCUCUGGUUGCACAUCCCUUGGACAAUCAUUGGACCUGUCAAAUUUAAAGAGUUUGAGGGAAUUUUAUGCUAUAGAUUGCAAGAACCUAGUUGAAAUUCGAGGCCUUGAUGGAUUGGAAUCCUUGGUAACUUUGAUAAUUUCUGGGUGCACGUCUCUUGGACAAUCACUGGACUUGUCAAAUUCAAAAAAUCUGCAUACACUUGAAGCUGCAAAUUGCAAGAACCUAGUUGAAAUUCGAGGCCUUGAUGGAUUGGAAUCCUUGGUAACUUUGGAUAUUUCCGGGUGCACGUCUCUUGGACAAUCACUGGACUUGUCAAAGUUAAAGAAUCUGCAGACACUCAAAGUUGCAAACUGCAAGAAACUAGUUGGAAUUCAAGGCCUUGAUGUAUUGGAAUCGUUGAAAGAAUUGAGGAUUUCUGGGUGCACGUCUCUUGGACAAUCAUUGGACUUAUCAAAGUCAAAGAAUCUGCAGACACUCAAAGCUGCAAACCGCAAGAAACUAGUUGGAAUUCAAGGCCUUGAUACACUCAAAGCUGCAAACUGCGAGAACCUAGUUGAAAUUCGAGGCCUUGAUGGAUUGGAAUCCUUGGUAACUUUGUCAAUUUCUGGGUGCACGUCUCUUAGACAAUCACCGGACUUAUCAAAGUCAAAGUAUCUGCAGACACUCAAAGCUGCAAACUGCAAGAAACUAGUUGGAAUUCGAGGCCUUGAUAGGACUAGCAGUGUGGCACCUGGAGAUGAAGCCUCGCUUCUGGAUAGGGGCGGAGAUGUGCUGGCGCUGGUGGUUGGGGCAGCCAGUGGCUGA